AUGACAUGGAGGGAAUUGGCGGAAGCGGACGACUUGGCUUCAUCACUCACAGUUGACGCAAUGCUCGGUUUUGUCACACACAAAAUGACUGAGUUUUUCGCUAUCUGCUUUUGUUCGACGAUCGAUCAGGCGUUGAGAUACGACCGUGUUUGCGAUAUGCUUCUGAAAAUCAUGUUGGUGCAGCGAUUUUUGCCUCCAAAGACUGGUAAGCUUCCUAAACAUAAUAAUGAAUGGAUUCAAUAG